UGUUAAGCUACCUCAGCUAAACAAAGUUCACUAAUAAAACAAAGAAGUUUAUCAGAAAGCACGAAUGAAAGAUUAACACACGACUUUAAAUUCUCCGGUGUAGUCAAAACAAGAAAAUGAAACGUAAUGCUUAAGAGACUGACUUAACGAUUAAUCCAAAUAAAUAAAUAAUAAUCAGAUCCAAACACAUUACUAUAAGUACUCAAAGUGAGCAAACCCUUAUUUUUGUGUGUGGUUUCCAAGAUAAAUAUAGAUAUAGAGAGAGAGAAAAAAAGAGAACAUAAGAAUGACGCUAGCUCCACUAUCUUUUCUUAUUCUAAUCCUUUUCACAAUAUUUCAUGACCGAUUGUAUGUACAUGCAUCUGAUUAUGACUUUAGUUACAUGAAAUCUGUAUACAACGCAACUGAUCUGCCGUUAGUGGAAGAAUAUGACUACAUCGUGAUCGGAGGUGGUACGGCGGGAUGUCCUUUGGCGGCGACUCUAUCAGAAAAAUACUCAGUUCUUGUCCUUGAAAGAGGCAACGUCCCUACAGCUCAUCCCAAUGUACUGAAUGCAUCUGGGUUUCUGGCUAAUCUCCAAGAACAAGACAAUAAUGGCGAUACACCGGCGCAGAGGUUCACGUCAGAAGACGGCGUUGCGAAUGUCAGAGGUAGGGUUUUGGGAGGGACAAGCAUGAUAAACGCCGGUUUCUUCUCGAGAGUUGAUAGUGAAUUCCUCGCCAAGUCUGGUGUGGAAUGGGAUUUGGGAGAGGUUGAGAAAGCGUACGAGUGGGUGGAAGAGAAGAUAGUGUCGACUUCGAAUUUGUCAGUAUGGCAAAGUGUGAUGAAAGAAGCUUUUUUGGAAGCUGGAGUUGGUUUUGACAAUGGAGUCACUUUAGACCAUAAACUUGGAGCUAAGCAAUCUGGUUCGAUUUUUGACGAUAUGGGGCGAAGACAUGGGGCUGUGGAGUUGCUCAAUAAAGGAGACCUCAACAACUUGCGAAUUGCUGUUCAUGCCACUGUCAAGAAGAUUAUGUUCUCCGCCACAAUAAUGUCAAAACCGGCUGCUGUGGGAGUUGUAUACAGUGAUGCAAGAGGGUCGUUUCACAAGGCAAUAAUACGUAAUAAAGGAGAAGUAAUACUGAGUGCUGGUCCACUUGGAAGCCCUCAACUUCUUCUACUUAGUGGAAUUGGUCCCCAUUCAGACCUCUCAUCACAAUUUAUCCCCACAGUCUUACCCCAACCCAAUGUUGGAAAAUUCAUGGCUGAUAAUCCACGUAGCACCAUUAAUCUCAUAAUCCCAUUCCCAUUUGAUACAUCUACAGCACAAGUCGUUGGAAUCACUAGUGAUUAUUACAUAGAGACAGUCUCUUAUAGCUUGCCAUUUUCUCCAACUUCGUUACCUUUCAGCUUCUACUCCACUCCACUCUCUCCACCACAACUUAGUCUAGCAAGCAUCGUCGAGAAAAUCGUGGGACCCUUGUCCCACGGUUCACUCCGGUUGGCUUCACCAACAGAAGUGGAAAUCACACCAUAUGUCCGGUUCAACUAUCUUUCUGAUCCGAUCGAUCUCUCUCGCUGCGUUAGUGCGACGAGAAAGAUGGCCGAUUUGCUGAAGACUCAAUCCUUGGAUCGAUUUAAGUACACAGACUACAAUGGCGCAAGGGGUUUCAUGUUCUUGGGGCCUCCUAUUCCGACCAACCACACUGAUGAUUCAUCGAUGGAAGCCUUUUGUCGAAGCUCGGUUACUACCUUUUGGCAUUACCAUGGUGGGUGUCUCGUGGGGAAGGUUGUGGAUGGUGAUUUUAAGGUCAUUGGGAUUGAUUCCCUUCGUGUUGUAGAUAGUUCAACUUUUAAUGCCUCUCCAGGGACCAAUCCUCAAGCCACAAUUAUGAUGAUUGGACGUUAUGUUGGGCUUAAGAUGCUGAACGAGAGAAAAUAAUGAAAUUAUUAGAAAUCUUACAAGAUUUUCAAUCUCACCUAUAUAUUUUAAUUAAAGAUAUUCUAAUAAUAAUUUUAAAAUACCUUAGGUAAUAUUCAUAUUGUUGGUGCAUCAUGUGUUUUUUUUUUAGUUUGGGUGUAACUGAGGUUGAGAUAGGUUUUGGGCAAUAUUGCUAACAUUAGAUGUAUUACAAUAAAUUAUAUAUAACAAAUUAUGAUAUAUCUCUUACGUGCAUCAA